CGUGAUUAUCUCUCUGCUGGAAGAACUGUUCUUCCUAAGGUCUAUUUCUUCUUCUCUGUCAUCUAUUUCUCUCUCGCUGCGACUUGGAUCUACCUUCUCUACAAGAAACGUCUCACUGUUUUUGCAAUCCAUUUCUUCAUGUUGGGAGUUGUUGUCUUGAAAGCUUUGAACCUUCUCUGUGAGGCUGAGGAUAAGUCGUAUAUUAAGAAAACCGGAACAGCUCAUGGUUGGGAUGUCUUGUUUUACAUUUUCAAUUUCCUUAAGGGUAUCACUCUUUUCACCUUGAUCGUCUUGAUCGGCACGGGUUGGUCUUUCUUGAAGCCCUACUUGCAGGACAAGGAAAAGAAGGUGUUGAUGAUUGUGAUUCCCCUCCAGGUUGUCGCUAACUUUGCUCAGGUGGUUAUCGAUGAGACUGGACCAUAUGGCCAAGAUUGGGUUACAUGGAAACAAAUCUUUUUGCUUGUUGAUGUGGUCUGUUGCUGUGCUGUUCUCUUUCCCAUUGUCUGGUCCAUCAAAAACUUGCGUGAGGCGGCUAAGACUGAUGGGAAGGCUGCUGUCAACCUCGUUAAGUUAACUCUGUUUAGGCAAUACUACAUU